AUGGUAAAUAUAGACGAAGAUUUGUCUAUUAUAGAUGUGUUUGAUUUAACUAAUCCUACAACCUGGAAGGAACUUAAUGACUAUUACAGCGCCAUCGAUAGAAAUUGGAAAAUAUGUGUAAACUGCGGUAUACCCGGUUUGGGUACUGGGAUCCAUUUAGAACACACGGGAGCGUCUGGAUCAAUGCAACCAGCUAUCAUACCGACUGAGUAUUUACUUACAAGACUGGAAGUAGUAGACGUGAGCUACAUAGCUAAAAUGGACCGUGAUCUAACGCUGACACUAGACGUCGCAUUACAGUGGCCUAUUCUAAAACAUGAUCCGAGGGAACCGACAUUGAUUCUGUUCAAAUUCGGAUGGACGGACACAAACCUUAAACGGAAAUGUAUUUGUAAAAUUCCUGGUUUAAGUUACGAGUUAGCGGAAUGGAUAGCGGCGAACUUAAGCCACGUAGUCGGUGUCGCCACCGACGCACCGUCGCUGGAGUCAGAACAGACCAGGGAAAUGACGACACGAACCGUCUCCAACGUGCUGGGCAAAAGCGGCGUCUACAUGAUCGAGAAUGUGAAUCUACGGAGGAGCCUGCCCGAACGUGGUUGCAUGGCGAUAGUGAUGCCGCUGAAGAUGCUGGAGACGAGCUACGUGCCGACGCGCGUCGCGGCACUGUGCCCGGCGCACAGCGACGGACUCGUCAACAUCGCUCUCCGGAGAGCUUCCCACGGACAGACCAGCAGUCGGGUCAAUGAAGUCGAUUUGUAUGAAAUUAUGAAUUAA